AUGGGUGCGGACGCCCCACACUCGUCACCGUUCAUGUGCGGCCUGCAUCCUUUUUACACCACUCUGUGCAAUACUGCAGCGAAUCACAGAUGCAUCCAGCACACCCCUCGGUACUUGCACAGCUGCAGUAGGACGCUGCUCUAAGGUUUAAGAGGGUAGCUGCAAGCGAUGCGGGAUGAGAUGACUUGCAGACAGCGUGGCGAUCCGGUGCAGCCUCACGCUCCAGCAGAGAAGACCUGAUCCACGGAAUCUGGCAUGGCGAUGUCUGAAGGUGACUUUUGGAAGCGCAUAGGUCUACAAGACACGGACAGAGCGACAUGUAUCGAGGCCAUAACGAAUGUCUGCGAUCGCCACCACGUGGCAGAGUUCGAAUACCAGGGGUUUUGCAGCUUUACAUUGCUGGUAUCUCUACUGCGACAUCACGAAAAGACUGAGAAUGAAAUUCACGGCAGUCGCAAUGAUGCUACGACUGAAAUGGCUGAGCAAGCCAUUAUCCAAUUUCGCCCUCCUCAACAUGCGCUCGACCUCGACGUGUCCUUGGAGGCUAGCAGGAUAUACCCUUCACUGGCGCCCAAAGCUCGGGCUCUGAACAUUCGCCUGCCUGGAGAUCUCUGCGCGUAUGAGUUGGAACGACUACCGGGAACCCCACUGUCUCGACUCCUACCACGCCAGCUCUUACCCGGGCCCGGACUACAGGCAAAGCAGAAGACCCUUAUCUCAAGCUUCGCCCGGAUCGUUGCACAGAGCUGGCCGAAUAUGGCAAGCAGGAAGCGGAGAGACAGCAUUCUACGACCAGACUCGCCUGAGAUGGAAGGGCAAGCGAUACUGUCACUAUGCACAGGGAAGGUGGGAUCUUGCAUAGCGCAGAAGCUCCAGAAGCUCGCUCAAGGACUGCCAGAUGAACGGCUGCGAGAGAAGGCAGCCACCACACUGCAGAAGAUUCUCGCAAUGGACAUUUACCCCGUGGUGUUGAACCAUGGCGACCUCAUACCCUCAAAUAUCCUUGUGGACGAACGGACAUGGGAGAUCACAGGGCUUGUCGACUGGGCCGAGGCUGAGUACCUUCCCUUCGGGACGUGUCUGUAUGGUCUUGAGCAUCUGCUUGGAUUCUUGCAAGCACCAUCACAGUAUUUGAGCCGGCCAAUUUUCCUGUUUUACGAGGAUGCUGCAGUAUUUCGAGAGUUGUUCUGGACCACACUGUCCGGUCUCGUAUCGGAGCUUGGAGAUAGGCAUGACGAUGUGCGGACGAUGAGAGAUCUGGGUAUAUUACUCUGGCACGGCUACGCUUGGGACGAUGGCGCGGUUGAUCGUGUUGUCGAUGAGGUGGCUGAUGUUGAAGAAUUGGCGAAGUUGCGCGCGUUUCUAAGCAUGUGAGGGUACGUUGCUGUUCAGACGUCUCCCAGAGCUCUUUCAACUCCAUUUCUGCUAGCCAUACUGUGCACAUCAAACGCACCUGCCUCCUCAAACGACUGCAUGUUGAGGUGCGACUUGCGCCUUCCAGAAGUGGGCGUACCUUCCCAGAAUACUCAGGCAACAUCCAAUUCCGUAGAGCUUCCUCUGUAUUUGUUUUCGUCUCACAUCCUUCCUCGCUGCUCUUCACCUCACCGUACGCAUUGACACGAAAACUUUGCUUGACCCUACAUCGCGUCCCACCGCCUCUAAUUGCGAACCUCCAGGCGAAAACCACAUACUCAAAUCGUCUUAUCAGUGUCAGUAGGUGCUACCAGUCAUUCCAUU